ACUUGAAAAAAGUUUAUAACUAAAGGUAUGUUAUUUAAAGUUGUUAUUGCUUGAUUUUAUGGUUUAGGUCAGGAAUGUGACAGGUAUUAUUUUAAGGCUGUUUAAAGAUAUGAGUGUUUUUUGGGGUUGAAUUUACUUUGGCGGAUCAGGGACCAACUAAUAUUACUGUAGCACCAAAGUUUGAUUUUGGAUCUACAAUGUUUGACCAUGAUGACCUUAAUGGGAUGCAGAAACCAAUAACGAAUGGACUGUCUGCAGAUGUAUCUAAUAAUGUGCCUCACAAAAAUAAAUCUAAGUUGUCUAGUCCUAGUAAGUCGGACGAGUCAAAAGACAAUAGCAUCAGAGUACAUUCACAUAAAACCGGUUCUUCCAGUAAACUCCAUGUGCAUAAAGGGCAUUCAAAACUUUCUUUAAACUCAAAGGAAAAUUCACCCGAGACUAAAUCUUCAAAUUCCUGUGACUAUUCUAAACAUAAAGAAAAAACUGAAGGCCUGGAUAGGUCGAAUUCUUCUGUUUUGGAAACUGAAGAUUUCAUUGAUAAUGCGAAAGAUUCUUUGUGUAAGUUUAGUGAUAGCUUUUCUUCAAAACUUGAUAGUGCUGAAAAUGUCUUUAAAUCAAAAAAUAGUUCAAAAACUAAAGGUGGUUUAAAGCUAAAUCAGAAUAUGGACAACAUAAAAGCAAAGAAAGAACAUGAAAAAACCAAAAAAGAAAAGCACAAAUCAGAAGAGUCGGACAACAAACACCUCAGUAAGAAGUCAAAUAAGCACAAUUCUUCACUGGAAAAAGUAAAAAGUACAAGUAAGAAAAGUAAAAAAGUAGUGGGGAAAAACGUAAAAAGAAGAAGAAGAAAAAGAAUAAGAGUGAGGGGGAACUUGAAGAGGAAUUUGUAUUGAAAGAAUUUGAAGAAUCAAAGAGUGAAGGAGAUGCAUAUUGUGCAGUGGAAGAUGAGGUUGUAUGUAAGGAUGAGAAAGAUCAUUCUUCCCACGAUGUGAAAGAAGAAAGUCCUCUGAAAAUAAAAAUAAAACAAGAAUUGGGGGGUUCAGCAAGUGAUGACGAUGUGCCCUUGGCUACAAGGAAGAAGAAUAUCGCUGAGAAAACCAGAGAAGUGAAAAUUAAAAGGGAGAGAGAUGAUGACUUGGAUGAUGAAUCAUUAAUUGCACGAGCACCACACAAGGCUAAGAAAACUGAGAUUGAUAACUCGAAGGAGAAGGUAAAAACAGAAAAGAAGAAAUAUCAAAAAGAUAUAGAAAACAGAAAGAGAAAAGCAGAAGAUGAAGAUUUAAAGCCCUCCAAAAAAAUUAAAAAGGAAAAAAUGGAAAACAGUGAAACUGAAAACCCAAAGAAGAGAAAAAAACAAGAUGAACAAGAAGUUUGGAAAUGGUGGGAAGAAGAGAAGCAUGCGGAAGGUGUGAAAUGGAAGACACUUCAGCAUAACGGUCCGGUACUUGCGCCACCGUAUGAAUUAUUACCAAAAUCUGUCAAGUUUUAUUAUGCUGGCGAGCACAUGGUCUUAAGUCCGGAAACUGAAGAGGUGGCUGGAUUUUAUGCAAAGAUGCUCGACCACGAAUAUGUUACAAAAACCAUCUUCAACACCAACUUUUUCAAAGAUUGGAGGAAGGUGAUGACCCCAGAGGAAAAGGAAGUUAUUGUGGACUUAAAUAAGUGUAAUUUUAAAGAAAUAGCAGAAUACUACACGGCAAAGGCAGAAGAGAAGAAAAACAUGACAAAAGAAGAAAAACUUGUGAGAAAAGAUUUCAUAAUUAUGAAAGAUGGAAACUUAAACUAUUGUAAAAUUAUUACUAAGUUUGAUAUAAUUAUAAACAUAGGACAUGAAGCAUGUGUCCCUAAGCCUCCCGAGGGACACAAGUGGAAAGAAGUUAGAUACGACAGUACUGUUACUUGGCUUGCCUGCUGGGUAGAAAACAUUCUGGGCUCCACAAAAUACAUCAUGUUAAAUCCUAGCUCAAAGUUAAAGGGUGAGAAGGAUUGGCAGAAGUACGAAGUAGCUCGCAAGUUGUAUCAACAUGUUGACAGAAUCAGGAAUGGAUACAUGGAAGAUUGGAAGUCAAAGGAAAUGAGAGUUAGACAGAGAGCCGUUGCGCUUUACUUUAUUGACAAGCUUGCCCUUCGAGCUGGUAACGAGAAAGAAGAGGGAGAAAGUGCUGACACCGUUGGUUGCUGCUCGCUCCGUGUCGAACACAUUACCUUGCACGACGAGAGAGACGGUAAAGAAUUUGUGGUAGAGUUUGAUUUCCUCGGUAAGGACUCCAUUCGUUAUGUCAACAGUGUUGCUGUAGAAAAGCGUGUAUUUAAGAACCUAAAACUCUUCAUGGAAAAUAAACAGCCUGGUGACGACCUGUUUGAUCGUCUGAGUACAACUGUAUUGAACAAAUACCUCAAUGAUUUGAUGGAAGGAUUAACAGCCAAAGUUUUCAGAACCUUUAAUGCCUCAAGAACACUACAAGAACAGCUUGAGCUCCUUACCAAAGAAAGUAUGUCACUUCCUGAAAAGAUGCUAGCAUAUAACAGGGCUAAUCGUGCCGUAGCCAUCCUUUGUAACCAUCAACGAGCAAUUCCUAAAACUUUUGACAAGUCCAUGCAAAACCUGAAAAGCAAGAUUGAUGAAAAACAAAGCCAGAUUAAGGAGUUUAAAAAGGAGUUAAAGGAGGCCAAAAAAGCAUACAAAGCCAGCGAUGCUGCUAAAGAUAAAGUAGUCUUGGAUCGCAAGAAAAAAAGAUUGGCACAAUUAGAAGAUCAACUUAGAAAAUUGGACGUGCAAGCUACAGACAAAGAAGAAAAUAAACAGAUAGCUUUAGGCACCUCUAAGUUGAACUAUUUAGAUCCUAGGAUUACUGUUGCAUGGUGCAAGAAAUGGGAUGUGUCUGUUGAGAAGGUCUACAAUAAAACUCAAAGGGAGAAGUUUCGAUGGGCUAUUGAAAUGGCCGGACCAGAUUUUAUAUUUUGAACAUUUUGUUCACUGUUAACUACUGACAAAAAAAAAAAGCCGUGAAACUCACUAGUCAAUAGCCAGUCUAUAUUUGUUCUCAAUGCUGGUACCAACUGAUAUUUUUACUUAAUCUGUGUAAUAGUGUAACUUUUGCUUAAGUAUGACAGUAGUGUUAUAGAACUAGAUCCCCAGACUAUGACGGGAGGUAUUUCUUACCUUGAUUGGUUCCAUGUUGUUCAGAAACAACUCUUCUCGACUGUUGAUGUUUGUUCUUGUUAUCCGUUAUUAAGUAAAGUUUGUAAAGGUUCUGAUAUGAUAGUCUGUUGCUAAUUCUUUACAUGAAGAACAUGGAAAAAGAACUUAACCUUUUAAGAUCUAGUGCAAUAAGAAUUUGUAAUUUUUUCCAUGCGUUAUUAGCUGAAGCAGUAUAAUUCUCGCCAGUAGCUGUAAUCUAGUGGGAAAAGUCAAUUGUUCUUUUUAAAUCUGUGUAUUAUCAGACUAACUGAACCAGUUUCUCGUUGUUUUCUAUUUCAAAUUGUAUUGUUCCUUAUUUAUGUCUUGAUCUGUAUUGUUCUUGAUAUUUAUGUAUUAGUAAAACUAUUGUGUGAAGGGCAUGUUUAUUUAAUGACGUAUGUAGCUAGAUGUGGGUUACAUUUAUUAAGAAACAGAGGACUUGUCAAACUUCGAAUUUAUUAAAAGGUGACAAGGUGUAUUAUUACACAAAUUUUGAUAUCCUUAAGCUACGCAUUAGCUUUAUAUGUGUUGAAAUUUGUGAUAUUUUUUUCUAGUCAACUCUAGCAUGUACGGUGAAAUAUGUUCAUAAAUAUGCACUCGGUUUUAAACAGUUCCUAAAGUUUGAAAGAAUUCAUUGUUAUAUAGCAUAUUCAUAAAACCAACAAAUAAUUAUCUAUACUUUUUGUUUCUAUUUAACUAUAAUGAAGAUUGAAUCUAUGACGGAUAAUUUCUGUGAUAAAGAAUAUCUCGAACACUUCCAGUUUUGUUGUAUUCUUUUCGUUUGAAACUAUUUUUGUAGCACAGUAACAGAGAAAUUGUGGAUAAUACUGGAUAGUGGAUACAAAUUUCUUUGAAAGAUGUGUUGUUUCAUUCAUAGACUAUUCAAUAUGUAUAAAAGUAAUAGUUUUGUAUUUUAGCAUAGUCUUGUAGUUAUACUAUGGGACGUUGAAAGAGCUAGUGUACUCGAGGAACUGGAAACGACUACAAAACUUGGGUACCAAUAAUAGUUCAAAACUUUAACGAUGUGAAUUUUUAUACUGAUUCUGAUCUUUUCUUAAUAAACUUACGAUGAUAGUCUCUGUUGUAAAAUUUGUAACAUAAUUAAACUUACUUUCACAACCCAUCCCAUAUUCUUGUUUUUCUUCAAAAUAUGGUUUAACAGUUUCAAUCAAAUUUGGCUUAUAAAGAAGUCAAAGAAUAUUCAGGUGAAAUAAAACAGUCGUUUAUUCUAUAAUAUAUCAAUGUUUAUUGGUAAUUAAACAAGGUUUCAUAAAAACACAGGUGGUAACCUUUGUGUUCCGGUAGUGUUAAAAGUAACGAACAUUUUUAUGAAUUUAAUGACGGCAAUAAAAAUAAAAUGGCUACUUUUAUUUGUAAUUGUGCGUGGUGAAUGUAACACAGUUGUUAGACUUCUAAAUAAAAACAUGGACACCAGUAGUGAGAUUUCAGAAUUAUUUCCUUUUAGUGUUUAUAAAAUAUUGGUUUGUAAUACAUAUGCCCAGAACUAAAUGUUCCUUUUUGAGAUAGUAUAUAAAUGUAUUGUUACCAUUAUUCCAUGUUUAUAACACCUGAGUGUAUGUAUAAUACGUUUUAUGUCAGUUUGGGUAUGUUUGCAUCUAAAAAAAAAAAAAGUUCAAAUUUAUUUUUAAUAUUCUUGGCCAAAAUGUAGUCAUUCUUCUUAAGUUUUUAAACCUAAGGUGUAAAAACUGUAAGUGGCAGUAAAUUUUAAACACUAAAUAAAAAAUCUGAAGCAAGAUUUGAAAAAAAAAAACAAUCAUAAUGAACGUAAUGUACGAAUUCGAUGUUACCUGAACAAAAUGAGAUUAAAAAAGUUUUUGGAUAAAA